AUGUCGUGCCCCAAUUGUUUUAGUGGUCAUGUCCAUCAAGGCACUCCCCGUGGUGAAGUGACCUCCCUCCAUAACUUGCAGGCCUACACGACCAAACCUCUAAACGAUGUACCUCACCGGGGAAUUAUCAUCAUAGUGCCCGAUGCCUUCGGCUGGGAGUUUGUGAACAAUCGGAUCCUGGCUGACAACUACGCCGAAAAGGGGAAGUACCUCGUUUAUCUACCUGACUUCAUGAACGGGCACGCCGCCCCGGUCGGUAUGAUGUCUGCGACAAAGGAGGUGUUGAAGACGAGCGGACUGGCAACCUGGCUUAUGAAACCAUACCAUCUAGCCUCAAUGCUGACAAGAAUGCUGCCCUUCAUGUAUUACAAUACGUUCGGGGUAUCAUGGCCUAUCGUCCGGGACUUCUUUAAGUCCGUGCGCGAGAACGAAGGUGCCGAGCUUCCUAUCUACGGAGCUGGUUUCUGCUGGGGUGGAAAGCAUAUCGUCAAUCUAGCCGCCGGAGCGGACAUGGCCUCGAAUGGAAAACCGCUGCUCAAUGCUGGGUUUACGGGGCACCCGAGCCUUCUCGAGAUUCCUAACGAGAUCGAGAAAAUCAAAAUCCCUGUAAGCUUUGCGCUUGGGGAAAAAGAUAUAAUCCUGAAAGCUCCACACAUUGAGCAGAUCAAGCGAGUCUUCGUCAACGAGUCCGGUACUGGAAAAGGAGAAGUCGUGGUUUAUGAGGGCGCCGGCCAUGGCUUUUGUGUCAGAGCUGAUUUUGUUUUGGAAGAUGCAAGUAGACAGGCCGAUGAAGCGGAGAAUCAGGCACUGGCCUGGUUCGAAAAGUAUUAA